GUUCGCAGCCAUCUCAAAAAAGGGCAGCAUCGAUCGACGCCGGGGCAGCCACUGCACAAAAAUGUCCCUCUUCGAGACGACGCAACGCUUAGAACAGCUGCCCGUGCCUAGGGAUGACGCCCACCAGCAGGUGGUCCCUGGGCGGUCCAACCCUUACAGCAGACCGGAGUUCUCCAGAGGUUUUGAUUAUUCGAAGUGGGACAACAUCGACACGGACGAUGAUGAAGAAGAAAAGCCGCUCUCACCAGCGAAGCGCGAGGCGCCGGUGCCGACGCGCGCCGCGCCGCCCGCGCAGCGCUUCGAGACCCUCGAGGACGCCAUCGUGAGGGCGCGCGCGGCCGACGGCUGGGGCCGCGACGGCGUCAAGGAGGUGGCCGACGCCCUGAACUUGCCGGCGGAUGACCCGGCCCGUUCUUCUGUCGAGGCGCUGCAGACGUCGCUAGCCCAGGCCGGUGCGCUCGAGCAGGCGGCGGCUCUGCCGUUUGUGGUCGGCUGCGAGCCGGAUCCGAGGUCCGUGGAGAAGGUCAAGGAAGCUUAUCAGAGAAGGAAGGCCACGCCGAUGGCCGGAGAAGUCGGGGCGAGGUCCGCCGCGGAGACGGUCGCGCGCUCCGAAGCCCGCAAGAUCGCGAAGAUCGCCCGAUGUCUCCUAAGGGAGCCCGACGGCGCAUCACGGCUCCUCGCGACGGGCGCCGUGCCUUCCGGCGUGCGCGGUCUCGGGAAGCUGCGCAACGCGCCCGAGCUCCAAUUAGCGACGGCCGCCGUGAACGCCAUGGAGAAGAAGGCCGCCGAGCGGUUGGUGCGGGCGGCCGUCGACGGUCCCACUUCUCAUAGGGAGGAGUUCCUGCGGCACACGCCGUUCCAGACGGAACUGUCGCGAACCGCGUUCAAGGCGAGCAAGGGGAAAACUGCAUUAAAUGAACUCCGGUCCAAGGGCUACUGCGUGUUGAAUGAUGCGGUCUCCCACGAGGACUGCUACGCCAUCCAUAAUUUUUACACGAGGCCGAAGCCCGCAACUGACUUGCCGAUCGAGCUCGGCCUGCAGUCCGUGCGGGCCCUGUCUCCGUCAUUGUUCAGAAACUAUAAGGAGCUGCAGCCCGACCCCGAGACGCAGAUGGCGUUGCGGGCCGCGAUCCAAGCUUUGGUGGGAUGUGCUCAUGAAUUGGAACAGCGAGCACCCGAAUUAAGGGACGGCCUCGCAUUACCUGCUUAUUGUAACAUACGAAGCCAGCGCCCGGAACAGAUCAUGGCGAGGGAACCGCUGUGGCGCGACGACGACCCCGCGGACGACGCGGAGUUGGUGGCGUUUGUCUUCGCGAAUGCUCGGGACUGGGAUGAUGACCUUGACGGGGGUACACUUAUUGUAAGGGACGACCACGACGUGGCCCACUACCUGCCGGCGACGGGCGGGUCGGUGGUCCUGGUGCUGGCGCGGUGCCGCGACGUCGAGUUCAAAGCUCCCAAGAAGCGGCACAGCGUGGUCCUGCGAUGCCGCUACGACCGACGACGGGCCGACGUCGACGUCGAGGACGAAGAUUCGGAGUCGGACGAGGAGGCGGGGUCCGCCGAGUCGCGCGCGGCGUCCUUGGCCGCGAAGCUCCGGGCCCGCGCGACGGCGGGCGGGGAAAGCGGAGGCACGUGGGGCCCUAAUGGCUUCGAGCCCGACGGCCGGGCCGUGGAUCCCUCGAGCGUGGGGUUCACCGGCGACGAGCGCGAGGUGGACCUCGUGUAA